AUGUCAGAGUUUGAGAGAUUUUCUGAUGGGAUAUUCACCCAAAAGAACAUUUUCUUUACAGUGGGAGCUGGAUCUUGCAUUCCACAGCACAGGGUGACUGUUCUGGUUCUGGGCCUGCUCAAUGGUGUUCUGCUCAUAGUUGCCGUUGUUCUUGCUAUUUACUGUGCCAGCGCCAACGAAGAUCACCUUCUAACUCCAAAUUCGGCUGUCUCGUCCCUCAUCAUCGAGCGUAAUUAUCUACGCAACAACACGGACAUCCUGAAAGCGCAGCAGGACACAGAGGCAGCGCUAGUCAGGGAGCAGACGAACCAAGUUCAGAUGAAGCUGACGCUGAGAAAGAAGCUGAGACUGGGUGACACCUACCGAAACCAAAUUGAAAUACUUCAAACGGAAAAGGCUAAUCUGGAGUCGAGAAAAGAUGUUAUUGAGCAAAACUGCAAUAGAUGUCCACCAGGAUGGACCCUUCUGAAAUCAACCUGUUAUUAUUUUUCCCUCCGUGACCCCACCGCCAAAAAGAACUGGCCAGACAGCAGAGCCGACUGCAUUCAGCGAGGCGGAGAUCUACUGGUGAUUGAGAACUUGCAGGAAGAGCUACUUAUAAGUGAAAACAUUCCAAAAUCGACCGUCACUUCUGGUCUGUGGUGGCAGAAUGGUUUCUGGAUGGGUCUGCGGGACACAGACACACGGGGAACAUGGUUGUGGAUCAACAACGCAACUUUGACUGAAACCGGGUACUGGAGGAAUAACCAGCCCAGCACCACAGGGCCUCAGAGUGGAGACUGUGCAGCUUUUUUUUAUUUUGAUGACGCGAGAAAAACGUGGUACAAUGGAAAUUGCCAGGACCACCAGUACAACUGGAUAUGCGAGAUGGCGGCGAAGCCCUCCGAGUAAAGUGAACUCGCAAAUCACGUUUCUGCAAAAUGUUCCAAUAAACAUUAAAGGACAAAAUAUGAUCCACCCAAGCACGUGUCCAUUUUUUUUUUUCUAGCGUUUGUCCUCAUUGGAGUCAUGAUUCGUGGGUUGGUUGGAGCCUGUCCAACUUGAUUUUUAGCAGAAGUGGAGUACACCCUGGACUGGUCACCAACUUAUCCCAUACAAUCAUUCACACGCAAAAGAGGCAUCUAUGAACAAUAACUCCUUCUUUUCCUUUCGGCUUGUCCCGUUAGGGGUCGCCACAGCGUGUCAUCUUUUUCCAUCUAAGCCUAUCUCGUGCAUCUUCCUCUCUAACAGCCACUGUCCUCAUGUCCUCCCUCACAACAUCCAUCAACCUUUUCUUUGGUCUUCCUCUCACUGUUUUGCCUGACAGCUCCAUCCUCAGCACGUUUCUACCAAUUACGCUCUCUCUUGCCUCUGGACAUGUCCAACCCAUCGAAGUCUGCACUCUCGA